AUGGACAACAGAGUUUCAGAGAGAGUGGAGAAUAUUGUAAACUUAGAUGAUAGAAGCAUGCUUGAUGAAGAAAAUAAAUUUUAUUAUGACCUCGAGCCUAUGGAUAUAAGCGAACCUUAUACUAGCAGCAUUACUGAUUCGACAGAUCAUUAUUCUUCGAAUAUAGAAUAUCAUAGCGAAAACCACGAUUUAUUAGAAGAUAUUUUUGUUUCAGAUCAAAAAGAAAGACGUAAAAGAGGCAGAAGACCGAUUAGACCUCAAGACCCAAUCAGAAAGAAAACCGAGGAAAAAGAUAAGUAUUGACUUAGAGCGUUUAGAAGUUAUACGUAUCAAAACUACAAUGAUAUUAUAAAAGGAUUAAGCAAAUCAGACGCAGAUUUUUGGCAGUUUUAUAUGAGCCCAGAUGGAAAGCCUGGAAAGGGUCAUAAAUUUCUAUCAUAUGGGAAAAUUUAUAAAACAUUUUUAUUUUCCCAUACAACUUUUAGGAGCGCUUUUAAGAACUGAUUUGAGCAGUAUGGAGACGAAUUGUUGAAAAAGAAAUAUGAGCCUGGCAGUGAUAAAUGGUUUGUAUUUUACGAUUAUGCGAGUAAAGAUCUGUGCUAUUAUGAUAUGCCGCAGCCUAUCCCUGAAUCUCCGCCCUCACCGCUUGUAUGCAUGACUCUAGACGAUGUUGUACCGCCUGAAGAAUUUUUACUUGAGUUCAGUGAGCACACUGAUACUGCAUUAUAA